AUGUGUGCCCUGACACUCUCCCCCGCUGCGACCCCCUCCAUCUCUCCCCUCCCCGCUGUACCUGACCCCCAAAUAAAGACUCCCCAAGGCAGAUCUCCUCCUCCUCCUCCUCCUCCGGGUCGUGAUGCGCCGAGCGGGGGCGGCCCCGGGGCGGGGACGGGGCGGGACGGGGCGGCCCCAGCCCCAGCCCCAGCUCCGGUACCGGUCCGGGUCGGCAGGCAGGCAGCGAUGGAAAACACGGUUAAAAGAGCAGCCGUGGGAGCCGCUGUGGGAGUAGGAGUGGCGCUCGUUGGCAUCCCGGCGGGCAUCUGGGCGCUGGGGUUUACGGGAACUGGCAUCGCCGCUGGGUCCAUGGCUGCCAAGAUGAUGGCGGCGGCUGCCGUCGCCAACAACGGAGGAGUGGCUGCCGGCAGCAUGGUGUCGGUGCUGCAGUCCGUCGGAGCUGCAGGUUUCUCUCUUGGUUCCAAAAUUGGGCUGACGACCACCCUGGGGCCGCUCGGUGCUGCAGCUGGUGCCAAGCUGUUCAAGGGGAAGACAACUCCAGGUGACAAACGCAAGUGAAGCCAAGAAGGUGCCUGAGCCCGAGGUUUCUGCCAGGCAGCGUGGCAGGCGCUGGGAAGCCCCUGCAGACCCCCCCAGCUACUCGGCCGCUCUCUUAAGAUCUGUGGAUCGACUUGAGCAAUGAGUGCAUUGAAACCAAUAAAGGUGGUUUGCAGGUGGGA